UCAGCUAGUUCCUUCAAUACCUAGGAUGAAUUUCAUCAGGCUCUGCUGAUUUCAAUACAUCUAACUCAUCUAAAUAGUCUUUAUCCUGUUCUUUCUAUGUUAGCUUGUGUUCCUUCCCCCUUGUUAUUAAUAUUAAUUGUGUUAAGUAUCUGAUCACAAUUUACCUUUUUAGGGAAGACUGAAGCAAAAUAGGCAGUAAACACCUCAGGCAUCUUGAGGUCGUCCAUUAGUAGCUCUCCUUGCCUUUUAUGCCUCUUGCUGGGGUAACUCAUGUUCUCCCUACAUGCUUGUGCUGUUGGGUUUUGUAUGUGCUCCUCCUUAGCAAUUUGUCCAUGUUUCCACUUCCUGUAGAUCCCUUUUUGGUUUUCAGGUCAUUCAAGAGCUCCUGAUGCAGCCAGACUGGCCUCUGACUAGUCUUCCUGCCUUUUCUUUGCAGUGGGAGAGUUGGUUGUUGCACCUGUAAUACUGUCUCUGAGAAACUGCCAGCUCUCUGGAAUUCCUUUUCAUUUUGAUUUUCUUCCCAUGGGACCUCACCUACCAGUUCUCUGAGUUGGUUAAAGUGUGUGUUUUUGUAAUCCACUGUCCUUAUUCUGCUCUCACACCUUCCUUAGACUCGUGACAUCUGUCAUUUCAUGGUCAUUUUCACCCAAAUUGCCUUCAACCUUCAGACUCACUACCACUGCCUCCCUGUUGGUCAGGAUCAAGUCUAAAAUGACGGUCCCCCUGGUUACAUCCUGCCCCUUCUGAAACCAGUUGUUAGCCCUAGGACAUUCCAAGAACUUAUUGGGCAGUUUGUGUUUUGCUGUAUUAUAUUUCCAGCAGAUGUCUGGGCAGGGCAAGUGCCCCAACUACUAGUUCUUGUGUUUGGGAUAUUUCUGUUUGUGCUAGAAAUGCCUCACCCACCUCUUACUAAUUGGGUCCCUACUGCCGUCACCCCUAUUUCUUCACCCAGAGCCUGUCACCUGCUCUGCCUCUCACCCAGACCUCAAAACAGGGUAUAUGUUCUUGGCAUGUAAUGCAGCCCCCCCCUUUCCCAUGUUUGUCCUUCUGAACAAGCUGCACCCCUCCACACCAACGUUCCAGGCAGGAGACUUAUCCUCCUUCCCAGGGAUGGCAGUGAAGUCAACACCCCAGGGAGCAGUUUGCUCCAGGUGCUGCGCUGGCAGCCAGAGCAGGGACUUUCCAGUGUGGAUUUUGACUAAUCCUUGGGGGACUUCAGCCAGAGGAAACCACCCGCUGUGCCAGUCCUGCUAGACUCAUGUAAAAUGGGACAAUCAGAUGGGUCAGUUAAACUGCCACCCCCGGGAAUUCCAGUCCGAUGCUUGGUACAAAGUGAAACCCGUCACCGUCCACCUGCACCUCCAGCUCUCGCAUGCAGGAGGCUCCAACUGCCUGGUCAGAGGAGAGGGAUCCAUCCCCUCUGCACCGUACGGGGGGCAGGGGCAGUGCGUGGAGCCUCAGUCUGCCCAAGGUUCUGGUCAAACCCAAUGAAAUUCCAGCAGGGAGCAGGAGAGAGGCUCCUACCCCUCCCUAGGGAAGACCCCCAGCACCCUCGGGGGAGCACACAGGCCUUUGCAGGGUUCUUUUCUGUCUGGCUUUUGUAGUGAUUUUAUUCUCCCAGCUGGCCAGGUCCCCUAAAGCCCUGCUCUGGUUUAGCAGCAGAGGUCAGAAAGUGUCAUCUCCCAGCAUAAUCUGUCCUUAAAACCCUUGCUGGCUGGUCGUGUAGCCAGGGCCUACACGUGUUAGCUUCCAGCCAUGGCUACAUCUGCUCCAGUCACAGCUCUGACACGCCCUAAUGUGUUUGUCCUUGAAUUCUGCCACUGCUCAUGCACUGGACUUUGACAGGUGCAAAUCGUUGAUUUCACAGGCACCCCCAUGGACCCCUCCCCCCUCUGGAGGGGCCCCAAAGAGUGCUGGGGUGGUGGUAAAGCACGGGCACCAAAGGGGGCUCCUUCCCCUCUCCUGCCCCAAAAGGAUGAACUGGUUCUGCUGCCAGUUCUCGACAGCCGGGGCUGGCCGAGCCCAGCCCUGGAGAAUUUCAGCCCCAAGGGUCAGAGUUUGAGAGGCUCAUGGAAGGCGACACUAAUCCAAGAGCUGGAAGCGGUGCAGGGCCCGGUGCUCGCUUAUCUCUGUAACUUCCCCUCACACACCUGGCUCUGGGGCGGUUCACUUUGUGCCUCCAGGAGCCGAGGCUGCGUGCCAAGAACCUGGCUCCCUGCACUUCACUCGCGUGGGAGGUGAAAGCCACUUUCUAGUCUGGGUGCUGUGCUCAGGGGAUGAACAGCCCAGGCACCCCGGCUGCCUCCGCCACCCUGCUCGGGCCCAGGAGCCAGGAGGACUUGGCCCAAGCCAGCAACGGUCUGUAACCUCCGGGGCUGCUCCGGAGCGGAGCCUGCAUGUGGCUACGAGAAACAGAACGGCAGGCAGCUCCAGGUCUCACUCCGGCGUGGAGAUGCCAGUGAGCUUCACCACGGCCCUUCGUGUUUUUGGUACCAGCCUCUUCGCCUUGGUGGUGCUGGGAGGCAUCCUUGCAGCCUACAUCACUGGCUACCAGUUCAUCCACACCGAGAAGCACUACCUCUCCUUCGGCCUGUAUGGUGCCAUCCUGGGCCUGCACCUCUUCAUCCAGAGCCUCUUUGCCUUCCUGGAGCACCGUCACAUGCGGCUUGAGGGGCGGCCCCUGAAGUUGCAGCGCUCCGUGGCGCUCUGCAUCGCUGCCUACCAGGAGGAUCCCGACUACCUGAAGAAAUGCCUGCACUCCGUGAAGCGCAUCUCCUUCCCCGACCUCCAGGUGGUGAUGGUGGUGGAUGGCAAUGGCCAGGAUGACACCUACAUGCUGGAGAUCUUCAAUGAGAUCCUGGGCUCCGAGAAAACAGGCUGCUACGUCUGGAAGAGCAACUUCCAUGAGAGGGGCGAGGGGGAGACGGACAGCAGCCUCCAGGAGAGCAUGGGGCACAUCCAGCAGCUGGUGCGGAACAGCACCUACUCCUGCAUCUUGCAGAAGUGGGGGGGGAAGCGUGAGGUGAUGUACACAGCCUUCCAAGCACUCGGGGACUCGGUGGACUACAUCCAGGUGUGUGACUCAGACACGGUCCUGGAUCCAGCCUGCACGGUGGAGAUGCUGCGCAUUUUAGAGGAGGAUCCACGAGUGGGCGCAGUGGGUGGAGACGUUCAGAUCCUCAACAAGUACGACUCGUGGAUCUCCUUCCUGAGCAGCGUGCGGUACUGGAUGGCCUUCAACGUGGAGCGGGCCUGCCAGUCCUACUUUGGCUGCGUCCAGUGCAUCAGUGGCCCCCUGGGCAUGUACCGUAACACCCUCCUGCAGCAGUUCCUGGAGGACUGGUACAAUCAGAAGUUUCUUGGCAGCAAGUGCAGCUUUGGGGAUGACAGACACCUCACCAACCGUGUCCUGAGCCUGGGGUAUAGAACUAAGUACACAGCCCGUUCUAAGUGCCUGACUGAGACUCCCACCAAAUACCUCCGCUGGCUCAAUCAGCAGACUCGCUGGAGCAAGUCCUACUUCAGGGAGUGGCUCUACAACGCCUUGUGGUUCCACAAGCACCACCUCUGGAUGACCUACGAGUCCGUGGUGACUGGCUUCUUCCCCUUCUUCCUCAUUGCCACGGUCAUCCAGCUCUUCUACCGUGGCCGCAUCUGGAAUAUCCUUCUCUUCCUCCUGACUGUGCAGCUGGUGGGGAUCAUCAAGGCCACCUACGCCUGCUUCCUCCGGGGCAAUGCGGAGAUGAUCUUUAUGUCCCUCUACUCCCUGCUCUAUAUGUCCAGCCUCCUGCCAGCCAAAAUGUUCGCCAUCGCCACCAUCAACAAGUCAGGUUGGGGCACCUCUGGCCGCAAAACCAUUGUGGUCAACUUCAUUGGCCUCAUCCCGGUUUCUGUGUGGGUCGCUGUCCUGCUGGGAGGCCUGGCCUACACGGCGUACUGCCAGGACCUCUUCAGUGAGACGGACCUGGCCUUCCUCAUCUCUGGCGCUAUCUUGUACGGCUGCUACUGGAUGGGCCUCCUCAUGCUCUACAUGGCCAUCAUUGCCCGGCGCUGUGGGAAGCGGCAGGAGCAGAGCAGCCUGGCUUUUGCCGAGGUGUGACAGGCGGAGGGGCUCUGGAUGGAGUGGGGAGAGUGCAAUGGGAAAGGAUUAGUGCUGCUGCCAUGCGCUGUUCGGGGGCAGCUGCGGGUCGGGGUGGGGAGGAGACAGGAUUUUAUUGGUGGGGUUUUAAAUUGCUGUCCAAGGAGCGAGUUCCUGGGCUACUGAGUCUGAAUGCUGCCCGAGGAGAGGCUGCUUGUUGCCCAGCAGAGAACGCUCCAGGUAGCCUGGGCCACACACACCUGCCCGCAGGUGCAAUGACGAUGGCUCCUGUGAAGAUUCCUGUCUGCCACUGCCAGGGCCUGAAACCUGCGGUGGGAGCUGCAUUGAGCUCCAUUGGCGUGGGAGAGGCCCUGGGCCGGAGGCAUUGCCUGCAGACUCCAACCUGAGCAAUAAUGCUCCGCGGGAGGCCUGAGUCCAGGAGCCAGUGAGGGUGCUCUGCGCCCCCUGCCCUCCAGUAGGGAUGGGAGCGCUCAUGGAAAUGAAUUCAUAUGUCAAAAGAAUCCAAGUUUGCAAACUCUUUGUCCUGCCCUGUAGGGGACACAGUAAGUUGGCCGCAGUGUGUGCCCCUGGAGCCUGGGGACUUGAUUCCUGCCUGGGGCCCGCAAAAGAGGCUGAGAGGGGCACUGCUUAGCCAGAGCCAGGGCCUGCUCCGAGCUGGGUUUGGCCAGGCCCUGUGCCUCUUUGGUGCUGGUCCAUAAACUCUGGCAGUGGGGACUGGCCUACAGGAGUCAGGGCUCACGAGGUCCGAGGCAGAUAUAGUGAAGGCUCCCCUCCUCCCGGGAAGGAGUGCCCCAAGGUCUCUGCAGGCAGAGCUGUGCUUGGCAGGCCGUGAGCUCCCUCCCUCUUGUGCUUUAGUGUCCAGACACUGGAUUCCCUGUCAGUCUUGCAUUCUCCCCAGCAGGAAAAUGGUCCAUAAAUAUUCAAUUUAUUUAAAUGGGCAGAAGUCUCCCCCCCUCCGCACACAGGACUGGCUGCCUGUGGAUUUAAUGCUGUGAACUAAGGAGGGUUCCCUGUGGCUUUGUGCUGGGGCGGGGUGGGCUCCUAAUGCUAUGGUGCUUUGCUAAGGACACUGCAGUCCUUUCCCUGGUGCAGUGAAGGGAUGUCUCCAACUUGACAACAUGAGAGUUUCCAAGGCAGGGGGAAGGAUCCUCCCCUGUGAGGGCCCAGAUGACAGCAGUUGGGCUGCCUGAACUGGACCAUUAUUCGCUGUUCUGAAGUGGCUUCCUCAGUCAGAUACCACAGCCUUUUCCUUGAGCCACUUGAAAACUUGAAUGCUCAUGGCCUACCACAGGGAUCUGCUGCAUGUCUGUGUGGCCCAGCUGCCUCCAGGGCUCCCCCAUGGCUCCUUCUGAUCCAAAGCCCUGGGCAUGAGGGCAGCGUACGCCCACGGUGCUGAUGGUGGUAUGAGCUGCUGCUCCUCUGUCCCCUCUGCCCGCUUUGCCACUGAUCUCCAGGCAGGUUUUCUGUCUCAUUCCACACAGUGGGGCUGCGCCCUAGGGUCACUGCAAGAGGGCAGUGGUGCACGCUCUGCCCAGCCCAUGGCCUGGGUUGUCUGCUCCUCAAAGGCUGAGGCAGUACGGCUCCAGCUUUAGUCUUUCCUGUCUCAAAGGAACAUCCCCACAACUGCCAGACCAGCAGCAAGAGCAAUAAUCCAACCCAGCCUGCUGCUGGGGCCAUGGUGCCACGUACAGCUCGAGUGCCCUAUGGUGCCAAAGCCCACGGCAGGGUCACCUGGAGCCUCUCUUGGGAUGGCUGCCUCUGACCCCUGUUCAGCAUUACCCAGUGCUUACAAGCGACCCAUGAGCCAGACUGUGCCAGCAGCUGAGGGCAAAGGCAGAAAGGUGAGUGGCUGCAUUAAGGUUACACGGCUCUGAGCUUUCCUCCUCCCUUGCCUGUCUCCAGGGCCCACUGCACAAGGGGGAAGAACCUUUGCAAUGGAGGGAGGCUAAGGCUGGCUGUCAGGGCUGGUGAGAGGAACGGAGAGGGGGCAGCAUUAAGCUGGAGUUAGAAAGUGCUUAUUACUUAGCCUCUCAGUGCUUCCCCUCCUUCCUGCUUCUCAGGUCAGGGCUCCUGGUUGUGUUGGGUCCAAAUGUCCUGUCCACACCACGCAGGAGUGCCAGAUCCCCUCUCAUCAAGGUGAGGGAACACCGUCUUUACGGCUGCUCAGUGCAGUCCUGCCCUGCCCUACCUGCGCACAAGCAGGCAGCCUAGCCUGUGCCCCGGCAGGCAGGACCCUGGGUACUAUUCCUGGCUCUGCCACUGAUGCAGGCAAACUCGGGCAAGUCUCUUCCCCAGCUGUGAAAGAGGGGGGGCAGGUGGGUACCUUUGGAGAUGGGUGCUCUCCCGGGCAGUUAAUUAUGUGCUGUCUAGUCCAGGGGUUAGCACCCUUUGGUAUCUUCACUGUGGGCCCCACUGCUAAGCUAGACUCCACCAAGAGCUUCAGUCAGAAUCCCUGCCCCACACUAUUGUCUGCCACCAGCUGUGGUCUUACCCCACGCCCUGGCUGUAGCUCUAGCGUCCCUGUGUGAGGAUAACAUGCCAGACAAAGCAGCAAAGCGCCGCUCUGCAUAAGGGCAUCUGUGCCCAGUACAGCGAGGGUGCUUGGGGCAGCGUGGAGAGAAGCAAAGGGAUGGUGAGGGAUGCAUGGAGUGAGCCUAGCCAGAGCGGGAAUGCAGCAAGUAAAGCGCUCGCCCCUGUUCUGCUGGCUGAGGUGCCUCAUGCAGGAACCCAGCAAUGCCAGGGGCAGCUGAGGCAGGACAGCAGGACUUAGAGCUUUGGGAACAGCCACCCAGCCUGUGGAGAAGGGGUUGGGAGGCCCCUUCUGCUGAAGAAACACCACAGAAGCCCCUUAAGCCCCCUCCAGCUGCCACUCCCUGGCCCCUGGUGGGUGUUGGGAGGGUCUGAGGCUUGCCCCAUGGGAGAGCAGCAGCUAAUUCUGGCUCCUUUGCCAAAGAACGGAAGGGCAGUGAGAGGCCACAGUCAGUGGGAGCCUGCCCAAGAAUGGCUGCCAGCAGCUUCUUUGCCUGCCCUCUGCUGUGCCUGAAGGAGUGCUCCAGGGGCUUGGGAACCCUUCCAGGGCCUGCAAGGGUGGUUGUAGCCAAAAACCAUAUUUUGCGCUGUGUCCCGGUGAGCUGGGUGCCGCCCCACUCUUCUAGCACAGUGCCUCUGCCAUGAGUUAAGGGGACACCAGCCUCUGCUGAGUAAUGCAAGAUGCUGUGCUGGGCACUAAGCUGGGGGCCAACUGCCCUUGCAGGGGCCCCAGCCCCAUGGAAUAUUUUUGCAUGUUGGCUUAAGUCCCUGUGCUGCUCUUGGGCCAGGUUUAGUGGGCUGGGGGUUCCCCUACUCUGCUGGGCAGAGG